GUACCACCCAACCAGCACUCCAAUUAUUUAAUUAAAUAAAUGCCUUUGUCGUCGCCAACUCCCUCCUCCGGGGUUCGCCGUGAGGCUGCCGCCGUGACAGAGAACUGGAGUGGCGUGCCGCCUUUGGCCGCCAAGAACUCCGCUCUGGCAUCCUCCAUUACCAACGAAGAAAAGCAUAUAAUGUUAAAGCCCCACACCUACCAUCCUUUGGAUCCUUUAUCUGGCGCCGAGAUCUCAGUAGCCGUUGCAACUGUUAGAGGUGCGGGUGACACCCCCGAGGUAAGGGAUGGAAUGCGAUUUAUUGAGGUGGUGCUAGUGGAGCCAGAGAAGAGGAUAGUGGCAUUAGCAGAUGCAUAUUUCUUCCCGCCCUUCCAAUCAUCGUUGUUGCCAAAAACAAGGGGAGGGCCUCCCAUCCCGACAAAGCUCCCGCCGCGCCGAGCUCGGCUCAUCGUGUACAACAAGAACACCAACGAGACGAGCAUAUGGGUGGUGGAGCUGGCUGAAGUGCACGCGGCAGUCCGUGGCGGACAUCACAAGGGAAAGGUCCUCUCAUCCAUUGUGGUUCCGGAUGUUCAACCGCCCAUAGAUGCUGAGGAGUACGCUGAUUGUGAAGCUGUGGUGAAAAGUUAUGGUCCCUUUAUAGAGGCAAUGAAGAGAAGGGGCAUUGAUGACAUGGAUGUUGUGAUGGUGGAUCCGUGGUGCGUGGGUUAUCACAGCGAGGCAGACUCUCCGAGGCGGAGGCUUGCAAAGCCGCUCAUCUUCUGCCGAACGCCCGACAGCAUUUGCCCGAUGGAGAACGGGUAUGCGAGGCCGGUGGAGGGCAUAUACGUGCUGGUGGAUGUGCAGAAUAUGGUGGUGAUCGAGUUUGAAGACCGGCGCCUCGUCCCUCUGCCGCCCUCCGACCCCUUGAGGAAUUACACCCCGGCUCAAACUCGAGGAGGAGUUGACCGAAGCGAUAUUAAACCCCUGCACAUCACUCAGCCAGAGGGCCCGAGCUUUCGCAUCCACGGAACCUAUGUUGAAUGGCAGAAGUGGAACUUCAGGAUUGGGUUCACGCCGAGAGAAGGACUGGUGAUACAUUCGGUGGCAUAUCAGGACGGGAGCAGAGGCAGAAGGCCCAUCGCGCACAGGCUGAGCUUUGUGGAAAUGGUGGUGCCGUAUGGGGACCCCAACGACCCCCACUACAGGAAGAACGCGUUCGAUGCCGGGGAGGACGGGCUGGGGAAGAACGCCAAUUCCCUCAAGAGGGGGUGCGAUUGUUUGGGCUGCAUCGCCUACUUCGACGCCCACUUCACCAAUUUCACGGGUGGGGUGGAGACGGUCGAGAACUGCGUGUGCUUGCACGAGGAGGACCACGGCAUACUGUGGAAGCACCAAGACUGGCGCAGCGGGCUGGCGGAAGUCCGCCGCUCGAGGCGCCUCACCGCCUCUUUCGUCUGCACCGUGGCCAACUACGAGUAUGCCUUCUACUGGCAUUUCUACCAGGACGGCAAAAUUGAGGCCCAGGUGAAGCUGACGGGGAUUCUGAGCCUUGGGGCCUUACAGCCCGGGGAGUCCCGCAAGUACGGCACCAUCAUUGCUCCCGGCUUAUACGCCCCGCUUCACCAGCACUUUUUCGUGGCGCGAAUGAACAUGUCUGUGGAUUGCAAACCCGCGGAGGCGCACAACCAGGUGGUUGAAAUGAAUGUGAGGGUGGAAGAAGCCGGGGACGACAAUGUCCACAACAACGCCUUCUAUCCGGAGGAAACUCUGCUGCGCUCCGAGCUGCAAGCCAUGCGCGACGUUGACCCCUUCUCUGCCCGCCAUUGGAUCGUCAGGAACACCAGAUCAUUGAACAGGACCGGAGAGGCCACCGGAUACAAGCUCGUUCCAGGCCUCAAUUGCCUCCCGAUGGCGGGUCCCGAGGCCAAGUUCCUGCGCAGAGCCGCAUUCCUCAAGCACAACCUCUGGGUAACUCAGUACGCCCCGGGAGAAGACUUCCCCGGGGGAGAGUUCCCCAAUCAAAACCCGCGUGUGGGCGAGGGCUUGGCGUCGUGGGUUAAGCAAGACCGCAAUCUCGAAGAAACUGAUAUUGUGCUCUGGUAUGUUUUUGGAAUCACCCAUGUUCCCCGCCUCGAAGAUUGGCCUGUCAUGCCCGUUGAGCACCUCGGUUUUAUGCUUCAGCCACACGGAUUCUUCAACUGUUCCCCCGCAGUGGAUAUUCCUCCGCCGCAAGUAUGCAACUCAGAAACAAGGGAGACAUAUCACGCGGACAGGGCUUCAUCCCACUCCUUCAUUGCUAAACUCUGAUUUUGUUGUUUCCGAAAUCAAUCUAAAUUACCUCGCCCAAAGGCUCUGGUACACGGCAAACUUGUAUUUUUAUUGUUUCCCACGUACUAGCUUGGCAACAAUAAUUAUAUAUUUUUCUUGUCAUUUCUACGUUGAGGCACGAAAUACUAUUUGAUCUUGUCACUG